AUGGACAAGGAUGGGCACUCCGACACCGUUUCGUGGGACGGAAAACAGAUCUGGUUGGCGGCGGUUGGCUGCAUCAUCGUCGCUCAUGUCUCCUCUACGAUUAGCUCGGUCAUGAGAAAAGAAGACUCUAUCUAUCUAUCUAUCUAUCUAUCUAUAUCUAUCUAUCUAUCUAUCUAUCUGUUUGUCUGUCGGUCGCACGGGUUCAAAUGGAUUUUUAUUGCUGGUAAUAUUUUUAUCUAUCUAUCUAUCUAUCUAUCUAUCUAUCUAUCUAUCUAUCUAUCUCAAUUCUUAUUGCUGGUAAUAUUAUCUAUCUAUCUAUCUAUCUAUCUAUCUAUCUAUCUAUCUAUCUAUAUCUAUCUAUCUCAAGUACGUGCUCAUAAGGUUUCUCUCCAGCUCCGCCUGCUCAAUGCUCAACACUUCGCCAGUCUUCUCCCUAAACAACUGCUUUGUGAAGCGGAACAGACUCUCUGUGAUUGGCAGCCUUCUGAUUGGCUUGAUUUCCUCUGCCCUCGGCUCAUUAGCAUUGCUGCUCGUAACCUUCGCAUCUCUUUCCUCAAUGACCGGAUGGUUCCUCGCCGCCGACUUACCUGCACUGGAGUUAAGGGCUUAGCUUUCAUUUCCUUUAAACCAAACCUAAUGACCCCAUAG